GGAUUACAAUCACUGACGUUAGUUUCAAUCGGUCACAGACGGGUCAAACGGAUCAUUUCACUUCCUGAAACCAGCGCUUAGGUCCAACUUGACCGAUCAAUCGGAAUGACAGUGUGUUUGGCAAAGCUAUGAAGUUAUGCAACAGACAAAUGGAUGCCUGCUCUCACACUGUCCACCCGGAGUUCUUCGCCUGAGGCAGCGGUCCAGUAGGUGCAAGCGGAGUCGCGGCUAGGGGUGCGCAUGGAGCGUAAAAAGGAACGGAAGGACCGAUUCUUUAUCGCCACCAGAGGGAAGGCCAGGAGCUGCCACAGGGGAGCGUCCAAGGGCUGCAUCGGCCGGGUGGAAGCAGAGACUCGUGGGGAGCUGGUGUGUCAGCUGUUCGGCAGCUCGGGCAGUUGUAAGGGGGGCGGAGUGGUGAAGUGCGAGGAUGCGUACCCGCUCUCGCGCCAUCAGGCGCAGCUGCUGCUCUUCGUCUCGCCUCCGCACAAGCGGCUGGAGCUGCUGUCUAACCCGCAGCUGUUUGGGGCCAUCUGCGACCUGGCCCAGGACGAUCUAGUGAUGGUGAAGCACAAGAGAGGCCUCCAGCCAGGGCUGGUGAAGAACCUGAUGCAGAUUGGGAGGCAGGAAACCCCCAGCGACCUGCUCAUGCUGGGGUUCGAGGUGGAGCUUCUGGACACGGAUGAGAAGUCACCCCCCAAGAAACAGCCCCUGCUCCCCCUCGUCAGCGCUGGGGACAUCAUUCAGGUGCUUCCCAAGGACAGCCCCAAACCCCAAAACUUCUCCACAGAGAGAGAAAGACAGUCGGAAGGCAUUAGCACGCGGGCCAUAUCCCGGAUCCAUUCGCUACCAAAUCUGAGGUCCCGCAGUAGGCAGGGGGAGAGAGGCUCUCAGAAUGGGCGCCGGGCCCCCGCCCUGCACAGGAGCCUGGAGGUGGGGUCCAUGGUGGAGCUGGACGUGGAGGCCGAGGCCGGGGGCAUGAUCACGGUGUACGGGGUGAUGCAGUGGAUGGGGGUCCCAGAGGAACAGACAGAUGACUGGGCGGGGCUGGAGCUGGACUAUGAAGUGAGUGGGUGCACUGAUGGGACAUUUGGAGGACAGCGCUAUUUCAACUGUAAGGGGAACAGGGCACUGUUUGUGCCCCUGAGUACCUGUAGGCCAGACGGAAGGUUCCAGUCUCUCCCUGCUACGAAGUUGGCCUCCCAGUACUGUGAGAAACCCCCAGACCUUUACGUGGAGGAGGUAGACGACGCCCCACCUAUCCCUGAAUCGGAGGUGCUGUCGCUGCUGGAGGGGCGUAUGAAGGGGAUCCAGGGGCACUUCAACUCCUGCUACCUGGAUGCCACACUCUUCAGUCUGUUCAGCUCCUCCAUGGCUCUGGACAGUCUGUUCCGCUGCACUGUAGACACGGAGGGAGAGCUACUGCACAUACUCAGAAAACGCAUCAUCAACCGCCUCCGCAGGCAAGGCUUCGUUCCCGCUGAGGGAGUGAUGAGCUUCCGGAAGCAGCUGGGAUGUAAUUCAUUCACGACCGAGGAGAAAGACCCAGAGGAGUUCAUCACUCUUCUUCUACAGCAAGUGCUUCACCUGGAGCCACUCCUAAAAAUCAGGUCAGGCAGCAAGACAACCCAGGAUGCCUACACUUUCCAGAUCAUUCCGGAAAAAGAGCACAUGGGACCCCUACCCACAGUGCAACAGCUGUUAGAAUCCUCCUUCCUCUCAUGUGACCUCAAGUUUGAAGAGGUCCCAGCCUGUUUGAUGGUCCUGAUGCCCCGAUUUGGGAAAGGGUACAAAAUGUUCCCCCGAAUCCUUCCCUCCACAGAACUGGAUAUUACAGACCUCCUGCAUAAUGCCAUUCGGGAGUGCUUUCUUUGUGGGAGGAGGGCGGAGCUGGAGUGUGUGGGGUGCUUAAGGGAUCGAAAACUACAGCCGGGCAGAAUCAAACAGUACUGUGUCACCUGCAGCACACAGGUGCACUCCCACCGUCUGCGGCAGGACCACACCCCCAGGAAGCUGGCAGUGGCAGCCGACAUGCCUGCAGGUGACCCUAGCCCCAGGCAGAUGCUGGAGCUGUUUGCUGUACUCUGCAUCAACACCAGCCACUAUGUCUCCUUCGUCAAGUUUGGCCCUGCCACCCGGUCCUGGCUCUUCUUCGACAGCAUGGCAGACCGCUGUGGGGAUGACCAGAACGGCUACAGUGUUCCAGAGGUCAAGGCUUGCCCAGAGGUGGGCGACUUCCUGUCACAGCCAGAGGAGGACCUCGCUAUUGACCUCGGCACCACCGGGGAUCUGGUGAAGAGGCUCCUGCAGGACUCCUACAUGUGCCUGUACCAGCGCGUGGGCCCAAGAGCACAGAUAACCGGGCCCAAUCACCAAAUAUCACCAGCAGAGAUGACCCUGCCAGAUCACCAAACAUCACCAGCUCAGAAAACCCUGCCAGAUCACCAAACAUCACCUGCUGAGAUAACCCUGCCAGAUCACCAAGCAUCACCUGCACAGAUAACCCUGCCAGAUCACCAAACAUCACCUGCAGAGAUGAACCUGACAGAUCACCAAACAUCACCAGCACAGAUAACCCUGCCAGAUCACCAAACAUCACCUGCACAGAUAACCGUGCCAGAUCACCAAACAUCACCUGCACAGAUAACGGUGCCAGAUCACCAAACAUCACCUGCACAGAUCACCCUGUCAGAUCACCAAACAUCACCUGCACAGAUAACCGUGCCAGAUCACCAAACAUCACCUGCACAGAUAACCGUGCCAGAUCCCCAACCAUCAUCAGCACCGAAAACCCUGCCAAAUCGACAAGUUCUCACGCAAAUGUGAUUUUUUUUUUAGAUUGACUUAAUCAGUUAAAACCUUUUUUACCUUUUUUUGUGUAAACUACAUUUUUUCCCGAUGUUUAACAUCCAGUUGUCCAGUGCUCACUGAGAGUAAAGAGAAAUAUUGGGUAUUAUUGUGUGUAAAAUAAUGUAAGACUUGCUUAAGUGUGCUCAUGGUGAUCACUCAAAGUGAAGGUCAGAAGGUCAAACUGUGGGUCAUAACCUUGUGGCAAUGUUGCUGCAUGGUAGCACCACCCUGCCAUGGGAACACUGUGCGUUAUCCAUCGUAAAUGGUAUAGCGCCUUUAUCCAAAGCGCUGUACAAAUGAUGCUCAUUCACCCAUUCAUACGCAACACUCACACACCAACAGCGAUGGGCUGCCAUGCAAGGUACCAUCCAGCUCGUCAGGAGCAUUUGGGGGUUAGGUGUCUUGCUCAGGGACACCUUGAACCGGCAACCCUCCGACUGCCAGACGACCACUCUUACCUCCUGAGCCAAUGCCCCAUGCCUCUGCCGGCCCUGCUGGAGUACAUGAGGAGGACGCAUAGAAAGCAGGCCAGCCAACGCCAGCUGCAGCUCUGACUACACUCAAAUCAGCGCCCCUGUGUCGGGUGUUCCAUGCCUUGUUAACUGUAAUAUUAACUUCAUCUGAAGAUGUUAAAUGAAAUUGAACUCUUUGAAGAAAAUCUAUUCUCCACACUCAUUUGCCUCCUUGGCCGUUCCUCUUUUCCGCUAAUUUGAGCUCUGAAUCUAUGCUUUAGCCCAAACACUAAAACAGGAUAUAUGAAAAUAAUGAUGAAGGACAGGGUAUUGUUAUUGUUAAAAAAACAUGUGCACUAUAUCCAGAGUAAUGUGAUAUUUUUAUUUUAUUAGAUGAACAUUUUUGAAUACCCCAAUUAUACGAAUGAGGGUUUAGUAUAGUUUAGCUUGUAGGAUGAAAUAAAGAAGAUGAAAUAAGUCAAUUGAAGAUGAAAGGAAAUGUGCUGCAUUCACCCCUACUCUUGUCACAAACUAAUUAUCUUCUUCUGCUCAAAUGAUAAUUUAUCAUUGCAGUACAUGGUCUGUCACUUGUUGAUGACUAUAAUUUAGCUGAGGGUUUCUGGGUAUAUCUAUUAAGUGUGAUUAAGUCUUAUGUACAUGAGUGAUGAGAGCCACUGGAUUUUUGUUUUUGAACAUUAAAACCAUAUACCAACAUA